AUGGCAGACCCGUGGCAUGGCCGUCCUCCUGCAACAGAACUCUCUAGAGCAGAGCGUUUCAAAGCUACGCACCUCGCCGCGCGCCAUGGCAACUACCACCAAUAUUACGCCAAGUUCCGGGCGCCCACUGUCCCAGACGAACGCCUUUCUAUUCUUCCAUCAGAGAUCCUCUGCAACGCGCGAGUCAUAGACCUCGGCUGCAACGCGGGCAAACUGACCUAUGAGGUGAUAGCGCACUGCGGCGCAGCCUCCGCAGUCGGCGUCGAUAUCGACCCAUGGCUGGUCGAGCAGGCGAAGGCGGCAUAUCCGGACGGGCCGUGCACAUUUGAGCACUUUGACUUCGUGGAUGCGUCCGCAUAUAAGGGCACCGCGCUGGGCAAGUUCGACGUUGUCCUACUGCUCUCUGUGACCAAGUGGAUUCAUCUGAACAACGGGGACGCCGGGAUAUUGACGCUAUUUGCGCAUAUACGAAGUAUACUGAAUGAGGGGGGUUAUCUCGUUAUUGAGCCGCAGCCUAUGAGCAAUUAUGCGAGGGCUUCGAAGAAAAAUAAAGAAUUGAGAGAGAUGUAUAAGACUAUCCAGAUUAAACCACCGUUUGAUGAUGAGUUGAAAGCGCGGGGAUUUGAGAGGAUACAUAAUUUUGAGAGGGACGAGGAAGGGUUUGCUAGGCCUGUGCAUGUUUGGAGGAAAAAAGUAUCAUAA